CAAUUUUCAAGUCUUGAAGUUCGUUUGUUGACCAUAGAGUCUUCUUUCUUUUAUUUUCGUUGCUUCAGCUAGUGAAGCCCUCUUGGUAACCAUGAGUCACCUACUUUUCUGUCUGUCCCUGGUAGGACUUUCUUCCGCAACUGUUCUGGACAAGCGUGGUGGCGACUGGAUGAUCUACGAAAUAGUCAACGAUGACCUCGCGCGCAUCACGCUCAUGGUUCUCGGCCUUAUGGCAGCGUUCAUCUAUGUCUGGAAGAUGGGGUUCCGGAUCUCACACCAUUUGAGACGAUUGGCAAGUUUCAAUAAUUCAGGACAGCGCUACUUCAGAUCGCCCCAUGAGACACUGUCGUUCCUGAAAAACCAUGUCAUCUAUGCCCCCUUGUUUCGCAAUCGGCAUAACCGGGAAUUUCAGCUGUCACGGGCUGUCAACAUGGGCACCUUGCCCAGUCGCUUCCAUGCAUUUAUCCUUAUCGGCAUCAUCGCCAUGAACGUGACCGUUUGCGUUGUAACUGUUCCCUAUAAGAAGGAGGAGAGUUCUGUUGCCGGCGUCAUCCGAAACCGCACCGGCACCAUGGCCACAGUGAAUUUGAUUCCUCUCGUGCUGCUGGCCGGCAGAAACAACCCCCUGAUCAAACUGCUCGAGGUACCCUUCGACACUUAUAACCUAAUCCACCGCUGGCUUGCCCGGAUCGUUGUCUGUGAGACUCUUGCCCAUGUCUUCGCCUGGGCUAUUCCCAAGGCUCAGAAAAUCGGCUGGAGUGCCGUUGGAAAGGCUCUUGGACAUAGCAAUUUCCUCCUGGUCGGCUUGAUUGCGACGGCUGCAUUCGUGGGGCUCGUAGUACAUUCCCCAUCUCCCAUCCGCCAUGCAUUCUAUGAAACUUUCCUCCACCUGCACAUUGUCAUGGCCGCGCUCUCAAUGGGCUUUCUGUGGGUUCAUCUCAAUGGGCUUCCCGCACAGACAUACUUGCUCGUUGCCAUCAUUUUCUGGGCUCUCGAGCGAGCUUCGAGACUUGCUAUCCUUCUGUACCGCAACUGUGGCAGGAAAUCCACUACGGCCUUGGUGGAGGCCCUUCCUGGGGAUGCCAUGAGAAUUACACUGAGGAUGGCGCGGCCUUGGACCUUCCAGCCGGGCCAGCACAUCUAUCUGUACAUUCCUACCGUUGGAUGGUGGUCUUCGCACCCGUUCUCCGUCGGUUGGAGCGAAGCGGAAGAGCUCGUUGCUGACGAGAAGGGACUUCCCAUGACCCGGCAAGACAUGUUCGGUAGAAAGCACACCAGCUUGUCCCUGCUGGUCCGUCGUCGGACCGGUUUCACUAACAAGCUGUUUCAACGGGCCCUGAGCUCUCCCAAUAGUCAAGUCACGUUGCGAGCUUUCGCCGAGGGACCCUAUGGCAGCAUUCAUUCCAUGGACUCCUACGGUACAGUUGUUCUGUUUGCGGGUGGUGUUGGAAUCACCCACCAAGUACCUUUUGUGCGCCACCUGGUCCAAGGAUAUGCAGAGGGCACCGUUGCGGCACGGCGCGUGACUCUCGUAUGGAUUAUUCAAUCUCCAGAACACCUCGAAUGGAUUCGCCCGUGGAUGACCAGCAUCUUGGCCAUGGAUCGCCGCCGAGAGGUUCUGCGGAUCAUGUUGUUCGUUACCCGUCCCCGCAACACUAAAGAAAUCCAGAGCCCAAGCUCUACAGUUCAGAUGUUCCCCGGCCGACCAAACAUCGACACUCUUAUCGGAAUGGAGGUUGAGUCUCAAGUGGGUGCGAUGGGUGUGCUUGUUUGCGGAAAUGGUGGCCUUAGUGACGACGUUCGGCGAGUCUGCCGCAAGCGACAGAAUCAAACGCAGGUCGACUACAUCGAGGAAAGUUUCACCUGGUAGACGCACGAAAUGGCUGACUAGAGUCUCGCGCUCUGCCCAUUCCUUUUCUUACGUCUUCCAUUCCUGCGAUUUCUGC